AUGAUUAUUCAGUUCAGAGUUCAAAUAUAAACAUUCAACAGAAAGGGGUGUCACAUAUUGCAUUUGUGAAAAUGGCCAUGCCACUGGAGUUAUGCAGGUCAUGUUUUGAGCCAUCUGAUAAGAUGUAUCCCCUUGUAGGAAGCAUUCUAAAUGUGGAUGUAAGCAUUGCCACUAUGUUGGAGUAUUGCAUUUCAUCUAAGUUGAAUCUCAGUGAUAAAUUGCCCAGCUUGAUUUGCUUGCAAUGUUUCAAAACAAUUCGUAUUGCAUACCUUUUUCUAUUGAAAUUUCAAGAAACACAAGAAAAAGUAAACAAACUACUCACAGAAUCUGAUCAAGAAGUUAAGAAUGAAAUAAAUCAAGAAUAUAUUUCCAAUGAUGACAAUGAGCAGAACCUGACAGAAUCCAAAGUGGAUGAUAUUCAAGAUUUUGCACAUGAUACUUCCCCCCAGAUAGAGUAUGAAAUUCAAGAGAGUGAUUAUUCAGAUAAUGAAAAUGUUAGGGUUGAAGAGGUUGUGGAGAAAAAGGUUGAUCAGUAUUCACAAGAUCUAUUGAAAACAGAACAUUCAAAAAAUGUGGAAUACUCUGCUAGUUAUAAAUGCCCUAAAUGUGAUAAUAAAUUUGGCUAUUUCCUUGCAUUCCAGAGACACAUAAUUAACUAUCACUCAGAAACCAUAACCUGUACUCGUUGCCCAGAUAAACAUACCUUCAAAAGAGAUGAAUAUUUAGCACAUUAUAAACAGUUGCAUAGAUUUGAAUGUGACAUUUGUAAUAAACGUAUGUCUUCAGGUUAUGGCUUUCAAUAUCACAUAAAGAUACACCAAAAUGAUAAGAAAUAUGUCUGCACUUUUGAAGGUUGCACCAGAUCUUUUCUCCUGAAAGAUAUUCUGAAAAAACACAUGCUAACCCAUACAGAACCAAGGACUUACCCUUGCCACUUGUGUGACAGAGUUUUCAGGACAUUAGAUAUGUACAGAUACCAUAUAAGACAUCAUGAUGGAAAAAGGAAUUUUUUAUGCACAUAUUGUGGAAGAACUUUUGUGCAGGCAGUACAUCUUAGAUAUCAUGUUAGCAAACACAUUGGGGAAAGGCCUUACAUUUGUGAGCUUUGUGCCAAAUCCUUUCAUAUUAAACCAGCACUGACAAAGCAUCUCAAGGGUUGUAUGAAGAAACAUAACAAACAAAAGUUGGAAAGAUAAUUGUAAUUGA